GCUGCGCUGCCAGCACUACGCGGCGCUCGGCUGCUGCGUCACGCGACCUCGCCGGGCGGCGAAGAUCGAUACGACGUCGACCCCGCGGCGUUCGAUCUCUCGCUCCACCGCCGGCGACCUUGAGGCGGCCGCAGGGCGAGACGGGCGCUGUCAUGUUCGGUAUUCGCUGCGAGACACGUGAGUUUCAGCGACCGAGAGUUCUGCCACAUUCAUCCUGCCCUGCAAGAAGAAGUGAAAAAGAUACAGCUGAAUGAUAACGUAUGCGGCAUUGAAAAGGAUGGACAUACAACGCUGCAUUAUCUACAGGCUGUAACCAUGUCGGAGUCCGCUGCCCCUGCGAAACGCCCCCUGCAGCUGCCGUCGUCGCCGCGCGCUCUGCGCCGCUUGGACGCCAGUCGCGCCGGCGUCGACGACGUGGGCGCCCUGCGGCGGUGCGAGCUGCUGGAGUGGCUGGACGUGGGCUGCAACGCGCUGUCGCCCCUGCCCGGCGACGCGUUCGCGGGCCUCGCGCGCCUGCGCCACCUGGGGCUCGAGAGCGUCUGCAUGGCGGCCGUCCCGCCCGGCCUGUUCGCGGGCCUGGAGCGCCUCGAAGAGCUGGACCUCUCGCAGAACCAGCUGUCGGCGCUUCCGGUCGCGGAGGUCGCGCACUUGGGGCGGCUGCGGUGUCUUUCCGUCGCGCGAAACCCGUUCGUCGCCGUGCCGGUCGACACUUUGCGGCAGUUGCCUGCGUUGGAAAGCCUGGAUUUGUCGGAAUGUCCCCUCGGGCAGUUGCUUCCGGCCCAGUUUAGACAGCUGCCGGGACUCAGAUCUCUUCGACUGGCUCGUUGUGAACUUAGGACAUUCCCGGGUGACGUUUUCGCCGGCUUGACCGAGCUCGCCGAACUGGAUAUCAGUGGCAAUCAGGUCAUUUCCUUCCCAGAAGGUCUGUUUGCACCGCUGAGAAAUUUAGAGUCGCUUGAUAUGAAAGAAUGUGCAUUAACUUCUGUUCCUUGGAAGGAGCUGGAGAAAAUGACAAAAAUGAAGAUUCUGGAAAUGUCCAUGAAUAGUCUAACGCAUUUGCCAUCUAAAGCGUUUUCCUCCAUGGUAGAUUUAACGAACCUGAACAUUGAACACAAUAAGUUUGAAUCACUAGAAAGUGAUACCUUUGCCGGUCUGUCCAAACUGCGCAUGCUUCAAAUGGGUGAAAUACAGAUCAAGGACAUUCCUCCCGGAUUGUUUUCUGAUCUUUAUAAUCUCACGUAUCUCAGUAUUUUUGGAAACUAUUUUACAUCUUUACAGCGAGGAACAUUCUCCGGAUUACAUCGCUUGGAAACCCUCUACAUAAAUUACGCCAUUCAGGAGAUGAAGAUGAUUCCAGAUGAAUUAUUCGUUGGAGUUCCGAAUCUUAGAGAACUUUUCAUGGGCGACAACAAGCUCGAGGGAUUAUCACCAAGAGCAUUUGUCGGAUUGGGUAAAGUCGAAACGUUGACCCUCAGUCGAAGUCAUCUCACGACCUUGCCACCAGGUGUUUUUUCACCGAUGACUUCAUUGAAAAAUCUCGGAGUAGACGAAAAUAGACUAUCAUUUCUGCCCGAGGACAUAUUUGUCGGUUUAAAAUCUUUGGAAUCGUUUGGCUUUAAUGGAAAUCAACUAACUGUGAUUCCCAGCCUAGAGGGGUUGGAUAAUCUUAAGGGAUUGGAAAUGGAAAACAACAAACUGACCUCACUACCAGAAGGUACAUUCGCAUUGGUUCCAGCUCUCACUCUUAUAAACCUAAGAAGCAAUCAACUGAGUGCUAUUCCUGACGACGCUUUUGCUGGGUUGGUGAAUCUGACUAUUCUCUAUCUCGAUAAUAAUCUUUUAACAACUGUACCAAAAAGUAUUCUCACUGAUCUCAAAUCUCUUGAGUAUCUCAGUAUGCACAACAAUCAGUUAACUGAGAUGCCUGAACUGGACGUCAACAAAUUACCAAAACUCACAUAUGCUGGAUUUGAGGGUAAUAACAUCGCAGAGGUGCAGGUGGCGGCGCUGCGCGGGUGGCUGGGCGCGGGGCCGGCGGGCGCGGCGCGGGAGCUGUGCGUGGGGGACGCGCCGCUGGCGCCGGCGGCGCUGGCCUGGGCUCGGGCCGACGCCGGCGUCCACGUGACGGCGCCCGGCGACCGCUCCCCCUGCGGCGUCCUGACGCGAGGCGCCGCCACCGUCCGCUUUCGCUUCCGCCGCCCAUAG